AAAUGUAGUCGCUUGCGACUUCGUUUCCCAGAAUGCUUUCGUUUAAAGGAAGUGCAUUUUAUUUUUAUAAUGGAUUGAGCGCUCCGGAAGGAUGUAUACGCUGUUGUCUGGUCUGUAUAAGUACAUGUUUCAGAAAGACGAGUACUGCAUUCUCAUCCUUGGACUCGACAAUGCAGGAAAAACUACAUUUCUGGAGCAAACCAAGACCAAGUUUAGUAAGAACUACAAAGGAAUGAGCUUAUCAAAGAUUACGACGACAGUUGGUCUGAACAUUGGCACAAUAGAUGUUGGGAAAGCCCGACUUAUGUUUUGGGAUCUUGGUGGACAGGAUGAGUUACAGUCAUUGUGGGACAAAUAUUAUGCUGAAUCUCAUGGAGUGAUCUAUGUAAUCGAUUCAACGGACGAAGAACGAUUAGGCGAGUCUAAGAAGGCCUUUGAGAAGAUGAUAAGUAGUGAGGCUCUAGAAGGCGUCCCUCUGCUGGUCCUCGCUAACAAACAAGAUGUGGAGAACUGCUUAUCAGUGCCUGACAUUAAAACAGCAUUUAGUGACUGUGCACCAAAAAUCGGAAAGAGGGACUGCUUGGUUCAACCCUGCACAGCUAUUACGGGUCAAGGCGUAAAUGAAGGCAUCGAAUGGAUGGUAAAAUGCGUCGUUCGGAAUAUUCACAGACCCCCAAGACAAAAGGACAUCACAUAAACUUUCCCACUUGGCGAUGCAAUGGCAAAAAAUGCUCUCGUAAAAAAAGAAAGAAAAAAAAACCUCAUUGUGGACUUGCUGCUGUUUUUUUUCCAGAUUGAAAGGAGUCACCGUACAGCACCAGCAAUCGGCAUUCACUCCUCCUGUGUUUGACGUCUUUUAAAUGAGCACAAUCUUUGUUUUUCAGGAACCUGAAUUUUGUCAGUGCGUUGUUUUCUCAAGUUGUCUGUUUCUACUGAGCAGAGUAUAAAAAGUAGGAACUCAGUUAUUUGUUUGUUAACUGAAAAAAAAAGCAACUGUCGUGACACAGGGCAGCCAGCUAGAGUGCACAGAAGGUGUACAGUCCAAGUUUUUAAGCGUUCAUUCCAUAAAACCACUCCAUUGAUUUCGUAAUGUGAUUUCGGCUGUAUGUAAUAAUGUAUUACAUCUACAGAUGAUGACAGUUUAUACAUGUCCUUGGAAGUUCAAAAACAGCACAUGAUCUCAUUUUCAGUUAUUGCAGUUGCAUUUGUUGUCCUGUUAAAUCCAGCAGGCCACGUGAUCAGGUUUUUCCCCUUUCAGAGAAAUUGUGCAAUGUCAGCGGGAAAAAGACAUUUGUUGACACUCAGACAGGCUCUGCUGGUUUAGCUAGCUGCUGUAAGCCGAAAGGAAACUCCAGUGGGUAUAAUCAAAGAGGGAAGAAAAAGUUCAUGUUUAAUGAGGAUAAUUUUAAAAACCUAAAGCUGUUUAUCUAACAUGAUGAAUUUGGAAAUUCAAAGACAACCAGGCGUGCUGAAAGAAAUCGUAAUAAAUGUCUAUUUGUAAACUUGA